AUGGAAUUACGUGCUAAUAUUCCAAGAAUUCAACGGCGCGGCAUAAAUCAGUUAACUGAGCAUGCCAUGGAAAAUUUUCAUUGUGUCUGUAAUACAACCGGUAAACAAUUACUGGGUAAUUGGAUGAAUAUUCCUCAUGCCUAUUUGUAUGAAAAUAAUUUCAUUUCCUUACCAAUAUAUUAUAGUAAACAUACGAAAAGUGAUCUGAAACAAUUGAAUAUAUCAUUGAAUCAAGAUUAUCUAAGUCAAACACAAUUAGAUGAAUUAACAACGUUAGAAAGUCACAAUGUUAAUGUGAUUGCUAAACCGAUAGUUGAAAUUAAGUUUACAAAGAAAACAAGCUUAAUUGAAAAAGAAUUGAAGAGCAAAGGUCCAUUAAAACGUUUAAAACAUUAUUACCGUGUAGUGUUACCUAUUGUGGUAUUUGCAUGUAAUCGACCAUUUGCACUCAAAAACCAUGUUGAUGCGUUGAUAAGUAUUCGAAAAAAUAGUGAAUUAAAUCCAAUUAUAAUAAGUUUGGACUGUAAUGAUACAAGUACGGCUAAUGUUGCUCAAGAAUUUGGUACAAACGUCACAGCCAUUAUCAAACAACCAGAUCAUAGUAAAAUUGCUGUAUCAGAGAGUGAUCAGCAUAUGAUAGGCUAUUAUAAGAUUGCGCGACAUUAUUUGUACACAUUAAAUCAUAUUUUUAAUGAAUUAAAUUAUGAUGUCGCCAUUAUAACAGAAGAUGAUUUAGAAGUGGCACCAGAUUUUUUGGAUUAUUUUUCAACACUUUAUCCAUUAUUAGUUUAUGAUAAAACACUUUGGUGUGUGUCAGCGUGGAAUGAUAAUGGGUUAGCUAAUAAAAUAAAUCCGGAACCAACGUUAUUGCAUCGCACGGAUUUUUUUCCUGGUCUAGGAUGGAUGUUUACAAAAUCUGCAUGGAAUGAAAUCAAAGCAAACUGGCCAAAAGCCUACUGGGACGAUUGGCUGCGACAACCAGAGCAACGAAAAAAUCGUUCAUGUAUUCGACCUGAAAUAUCUCGUACAGGAAUUUCGCCUUAUGGGCAGAAGGGAGUGAGUAAUGGUCAAUAUUAUGAUCAAUAUUUAAAAAACAUUGUUAGAAACAAUAUUAUGGUAAAAUGGAAAGAAAUUGAUGUCAGUUAUUUAUUAAAGGACCAAUAUGAUGUUUGGUUUCAACAACGUGUUAAUUCUUGUAAAAUUAUAACAAUAUCAGAUUUGGUCAGUUUAGCAGAUAUAUCAUGUGCACGACUCAUAUAUAAUACCAAUGAACAAUUUGUUAUUAUUGCUAAUACUUUAGGAAUCAUGAACGAUUUUAAAAGUAACGUACCACGAACCAGUUACCAAGGUAUUGUACAAUGUCGAUAUGGUAAAACAACAAUCUAUGUAACACCAAAACAAAAAUUAUAA